CGAGUAACUGUCUUCGGCACACGUGCAACUUCCAUCGAGCGCGUCAGUUAGUGCAGUACAUACUGUAACCAGGUCUUCGCCUGGCUCUUUCAAAACCCUCAUUCAGUGCCAGUCGCGGAUGACUGCACUGGAUAUUCAUGCUUGCAGGCUCCACGUCGAGCCUCAGAUUGUCGCCUGCAUUAUCACAAACGCCAUGUUUGUUUCGUCAGGUUCAACAAGUUUUCGCUCGGCAGCAGGCAACGUCUCACACUUUCCUGGCCCAUCGUCAUAUCCACAUUGCUCACAGGAUGAAAGAAAGAGCUCCAGGAGAGGUGAGAUGUGCUGUGAGCGAGCACAAGGUAGACGACGCACUGGUCAGGAAUACUGGAUUAGUAGAUCAUCCAGACACAGUUACACAUCAGACACGCGUUUUAAAACCAUCUGGGCAGGAUGGCUUGAUGCCCCACGUCCUGCAACCCACAGACGGGUCUCCACUUGUCGAGGCCAUCUACAUUCCCGUUGGCAUCGGUUCAACUCACGGCCAACAAAGCCCACACCAUCAUCACUCAAAUCCCCACCCCACUGGCCAUCAGGAUCCCAUAGACUCACUCGAAGAAACACCACCAGACAGAAUGAAGACGCGGAAAGAAUUAUUGAACAACUUACUGAAAGCUACCUCGAUGACAGACGGGUGGGAGGCAUACCACACCUUGGCUGUCAUGUUCCCUCAUCAAAUUCAUCACCUCUCCGGAGCUCCCAAGAUACCCCAGCGUCACCUCCAUCAUCUUGCCCGCCUUCUUGCCUCCACAAAACCUCGAACACGAACCCUUUUCUUACGACUUUCUGCUGUUUUGACCAUGCUACACCGGUCUGGUUGUCGCAUUUACCUAUGGGAGUGGAAUGCUUUGUUAGACUGUGCAGGAAAACGAUGGCGGAAAUGCAGUCUCGAAGACUACAAGGCAGCUGUGGAAGUUUUCAGUAAAAUGACCACAUUGCAACCCUCUGAGAACACAGGCGACGACGAGAAGCUGGCCGCAGAGCCCGACUUUGGGCAGGUGCAGCCCGAUAUCAUUACAUAUACAACCCUCCUCUACAUCGCCGGCCGCUCGCUUCACCCCAGCGCCAUCCGCCACGCAUCUAAUCUGCUCAGAGCCUCAGGGCUACCACCAAACCGCAUCACGCAUUUAUCCUUGCUACACUACUAUACACGAACCAAACAAUUAUCCGGUGUUCGGUCAACCCUCCAGAAGAUGAGAGAGCAAGGCUUCGAGCCUGGUCUGGAUGGGAUCAACGCAUGCAUAUGGGCCUACGGCCGGAAUGGGCAUAUGGAUGUCGCUUCAACAAUUUAUCGUGUCCUGCGCCACAAUUCGCAGCCGGAACUCGACGUAGGCGAAUACGACAUCGAGGCAGCUGUCAAAUACCUGCUAGAUGUGGAGGGCAUCGCCAUUCCGGACGACGUGAUACCGGACGAGAUAACGUAUACCGCUUUGAUCCAAGCCUUUGCCUAUCAUGGGCAAUUUAUGAAGGCGCUUCAUGUCUUUGUAGAUAUGCUCUCUACGCCUAAUAGGGAACCGAAGGCUCCUACAGAUCAGGAGACAGGCGAACCUUUACUCUAUCAGCCAACGCUUGCCGCUUUCCGUGGAAUAUUCCUCGGUUUCGCCCGGCAUGCCCAGAAACCAUUUUCGCUAAAGACCCCUCCCGGUUCUUUAUCGGAGCGCCUCCGCCCAAUCCAGAAGAGUGAUUGGAACCUCGAAAAUCUCCAUCAGGUGUUCCAGGCUUUUAUGAAUUUGCCUGCUGAACGUCAAGCCGAGUGAGAGGCUGAUCUAUUGGAUCUUGGUAUCUUUUGGCAAAGCCAGCGGAAAUGAUGCGGGAAAGCUGCGAAAAGUGUUUUUACAAGCUCGAGCAGCGUUUCGGUGGCGGGAUGGGGUGGUCGAUUAGACAGGACUGCGCAAAAGUAUCUUUGGCGAUAACGGGAGUGGUGGGCGAUAGAUGUGGACAACAUGUCUAUUCACGUACUGGUACAUACAAAUCCAACGCUAAUAUUUGUACAGUUCGGCAAUUUGGUGAUGAUACAGUGAUUCGAAUCAUGAGAUCUGGUCGUCACCAUUCUCCCUCCUCCACUGGACAAA